UCAUCGCUCCUCGUCGUGCUCCUCGCCAUCCACAACGGCCGCGAGACCAUCAGCCUGCCCUCUCCGUCCCCUGCCCUGCCUUGCACCCAACAAUCCGAACGCAAUGGGUAUCAAGGGUCUUACCGCGCUCCUCUCGGAGCACGCCCCUCGGUCGAUGCGCGACCACGAGAUGAAGACGCUCUUCGGCCGUAAGGUUGCCAUUGAUGCAUCUAUGUCGAUCUACCAAUUCCUCAUCGCCGUGCGCCAGCAAGACGGCCAAAUGCUCAUGAACGAUAACGGAGAAGUAACAAGUCAUUUGAUGGGCUUUUUCUACCGAACAAUCCGCAUGGUCGACCACGGCAUCAAGCCGUGCUAUGUAUUCGACGGCAAGCCGCCCGAGCUAAAAUCCGGUGUGUUGAAGCAGCGCUUCGGGCGCCGCGAGGAGGCCAAAGAGGCGGAGCAGGAGGCGAAGGAGGUCGGCACAGCCGAGGACGUCGACCGCUUCAGCCGCCGCCAGGUGCGCGUCACCAAGGAGCAUAAUGAGGAGUGCAAGCGUUUGCUGUCGCUCAUGGGUAUCCCUUGCGUUACUGCGCCAGGAGAGGCUGAAGCACAGUGUGCCGAGCUUGCGCGUGCAGGAAAGGUGUAUGCCGCGGGGUCUGAGGACAUGGACACGCUCACGUUCCACACGCCUAUUCUGCUGCGCCAUCUGACGUUCUCUGAGGCCAAGAAGAUGCCCAUAUCAGAAGUCAACCUGCAGGAGGCGCUCAAGGGGCUGGAGAUGAACAUGGACCAGUUUAUCGAGCUCUGUAUCCUGCUUGGGUGCGACUACCUCGAACCGGUCAAGGGCGUAGGGCCCAAGACGGCGCUCAAGCUCAUGAAGGAGCACGGGUCGCUCGCCGAGGUAGUCAAGUUCAUCAAGGGCAAGAUGGCGGAGAAGGCGGCAGAGAACGCGGAGAUUGAGAGUGAAAGCGAGCCUGAAUCCGAGGACGGGGCGAUGAUCGUCAACUCGGACGGGGAGGAGGUGGCGGUAUCGCCGAAGAAGGCCAAGCCUAAGAAGAAGAAGAAGAAGACGAGCGCGGGAAUGCAGAUCCCCGACCACUGGCCGUGGGAGGAGGCGAAGAAGCUCUUCCUCGAGCCUGACGUCGUCAAGGGCGACGACUUGGACCUCGACUGGAAGCAGCCAGAUGUCGAGGGGCUCGUCGAGUUCCUUGUGCGCGAGAAGGGGUUCAAGGAGGAUCGGGUGCGCAGUGGCGCGGCAAAGCUCUCCAAGAUGCUGGCUGCCAAGCAGCAGGGGCGGUUGGACGGCUUCUUCACCGUCAAGCCGAAGGUGCAGGACGACAAGAAGGGCGCGGGGGCUAAGCGUAAAGCCGACGAGAAGAAGAAGCCGGCGGCAAAGAAGCGCAAGUAGGCGUCGUGUUGGAGGGUGGGGGAGGAGGCGUAGCAUGGUUAUACGGCUAGAUGUAGUACGGCUUGUAUUGGUAUCUGCU